AGUACAUAUCCACCUCCACCGCCCUCUCCCGCCCCACAGCUCGCACAGCUCCGCCAGACCAUCCCGCCGAGCACGCGCGCACCCGUCCAGCGUCCAGCGUCCAGCGUCCAGCGUCCAGAGCGCCCCUCCCCAGCCUCGGAUCCAAGUGCCCGUGUCUCUGCGCCCAUACAUCUCACCACCCCUCCCGCGACACGCCUGCUCUGUUUUGAGAUUGCGGCAUAACCGUCUCAGUAUCAUGAGAAAGUUCCGGGUGCUAUAGCUACAUAGACGAUCGUUAUGCCAAAGACAUGAACAGCGACAUUGGCCGGUGGGAGCGGAGUCAACGACACCAGUUUGAUGCGUACCAGCCUCAAUCUCCUCGGGGAUCCUACCGACCGAGUCCGCCGCUGCGCGCCUUCGCUGCUGACUACUUCGCCGCGCCCGAUCAACAGUUCAAGCAGGUUUCCCGCACCACCAAAACGAGCCCGGUCAUCACGCGCACGCGUGUCGAGCGCCAUGCCUCAUCACACGAACGACCGACGUCGAGUGGAGGCCGCGGUUCUCUACUACCUUUCCGACCCUUCAUUCCCCCGCGACGCGCCGAGUCGUACUCGCAUCCCACCGCUCUCGAGGAUUUCCGGACAACGAGGAGGUGGCCGCCGCGCGGGUUCGGUGAGCAUCAGGCCCUGACCCACAGAGAGGCCGAGGACUUGAUAUGUGCCGGAGCAUCGACGUUCAAGGGAUACUAUGAGGCGAUUCCAAAUGCGCCGGAGGGCUACAACAAGUUCUUUGCCGUCAUGGGCUCGGAGCAUAGCCUCAGGACCGACCGCGCCGAGUUCCAUCACCCGUCAUAUAGGGACAUGUCGCUGCCAAUGACCGGGCCUGUGGACUGCGAGUUUUCGUGGAUCUCGUUGGAACAGCCGUCGAUGGCGUAUUGCUUUGGAGCGAGUCCGGGGACUACGACUUUGAAUUUCCGGGUCAGCAAGUCCGGGAGCACACACCCUGCGAUGAAAUUUGCGAAAAAUGUCAAGCCGCGGAAGCUGAAACUACUAUUGAUUUUGGAGCGCCUCAGGCAAUUGGAAACAGGGCUCGAGGAGGAUGAUCCCGAGGAGCUCUACCGUUACCUGUACAGCCAUCUCAUCGAGGACCCGGAGCGCUAUGACAACCCCCACACUGGAAUGGAGCAGCAGAUUGCGGACCUCAUCACUGUGUUGACAAAUCCGGAUUGGAUUGAUUUCACGUCGCCCAAGAAUCAGGUCGUGGCCAAGUACUUUGACUCUCCGGACGCGAGCCGGAAGCAGCUUUUCUUUCAUCAGCUUCUCCUUUCUGUAGAACUAUAUCUUCGCAUCCAUUCCAAGGACCACACGGACAAGGCCAAGCGGAAACUCCUGAAACAACUCCCGCCCAAGAUUGCCUGGGAUCUUGCAGUGGCCCAGCGGUGGUUAGAGAACAUGUCCAUAUCGAAACCGCGGACUUCAUCUAAGCAGAGUACCUUCAGCUUUGACCUCCGGAGUAAGAAGAGACAGAAGACCGCUCUCCGGACGUUUGCCCUGACCCUCAAAUGGCCAAACAUGGACGAAUUAGACUACGUGCUCGACGAAAAAGACCGUGAGGAAAAGACCCUUGAAGACCGCUCUGCGGACACCAUGUCCUGGUUUACAGGCGUCAUUCUGCCCGGCGUAACCCUUCCCUGGCUCCUCAUGAAUACCCUUAUAGACUGCGACCGUGACACCGGCGACCCCUUGAAGUACCUCACCCACAUCCACCCGGAAUCCGGCUUCCAGUACCGUGCCAACACUUACUGGUCCUACCAAUGCAUUGUCGGCAAAGUCCUCGGCGCCGCCCGGGGUGUCAACGCGAUCGCAGGCUGGAUCGGCCCGUGCAUCUUCACGCCUGACCUGAAGCGCACUGAAUGCGUUCGCGUGCGGCAAGCCGUACCCCCGGAACCGCGCCUCACGACGCAGGACGUCAGCUCCAUGGAUGUGCGGACGAAUCCCUUAGGACCGUUGGAGGAGGCGUACCCGAUUGCUGACUACGAGGUGCCGAUGCCGGAUACGGAGGAUAUCACUGAUUUAAUCCGCAUGGAGAAGCUGGGAUUCCAGCCCGUGAAGAAUCAGCCGAGCUCGAGUCGGUAUGGGGAUGGGGCGCCUUUGCUAUUUGAUGCGGCGAUUGUGUUUGCCUGCGGCGGGCAGAGUUGGCCGAUGCGGUUGCGGUAUGAUGUUGAUUUUCUGGCGGCGUUUCCGUGCCAUCAGGGGCCGCAUGUCCUCUUCUACGACUUCACCUACCGCGCCAUCAAAGUCGACGACGGCCUCGUCGACAUCCAUGACUGGGACCGCCAAUCCGGCCGCUCGACCAUCUCGCGGUCGUCCUCGCGGCCCUCGUCCUCCCAUCACUCUCCUUCCUCUCGCGCUCUAACUACCCGUCCUUCACCCGCUGAUGCAGACCUCGCGCACAUGCAGGUCAAGAAAGUCCUCGUCAUCGAAGCCCUCGGGGUCAGCGACAACGAGGUCUUUGCGAGGGCGUGGUGCAGCCAAUGGGGCCAUUCGGCGGUGGUAGCGAAUAUGAACUACACGUGCUUAGCGUGCGCGGUUAGAGAGGCGUAUGCAGCGUGUGUUAGUGUGGUGAUCUUUACGCAAGGGGGCGUUAAGGGGGAAGGGGAUGAGGGGGUGAAUGGGUGA